AUGUCGCGACAAGAUCCGUUUUCUCGAGCCAUAGCUUCCGACCUGCCGAUUGUGGAGCAGCUCAAUGGCAUCACGACAGUGGCUGGGGCACUUGCGUGGGGGCUGUUUCAGGAGCACGUGAGGGACGCGGCCAUCCGCUUCAUGGCAGCGGGCAAGCACAAGAGCCGGCACUGGGUCGGGCACCGAUCCGAUGCCCUGAGCCUUUGCCCUCCCGCAGGCUCGAAGGUUCUGCUUUCACGGUCUUCAGCAUUGCUGCCCGUCUCAUCGCCCGCUGUAGGACCAGUGGUCUUGGAGCAGCUGGCGAAGUUGGCCAUCAUCGUACCAAGAAGAGAGGCCAUCGUGGCAAAACGAGGAGCCCGCGCCUCCAUCACGGGACCGUUGGGAGGCGUGGCAAAGCCAGGCGCCAGCGAGGGAGCAGGAGGCCGCGCAGGCAUCCACUCAGCCAGGGCCUUCGGAAUCUUCGAGGGACAGGCACUGGUGCUUCCGGUCCGUAAAAUGCUGUACAAUUGGGGUCAGCGGAAAUUGUUUGGACUGGCAGAGCUGCGUUUCAACUUCAAGGGAGCCUACACAGGCACGCGAGAAGAGACAGAAACACAAAGGGACAAGAUCGGCAAAGACAACUGGCAACGGCCAGCGGCUGGCAUUACGCCGAACUUCAGUUACAACCAGACUGCUUCAAUGGGUUUCCCAAUUGUUGUCGAACAGAUGCGGGGUCAUAUCUUAGACGAGUUCUCGGCUUCCCCGCCACAUCACGAGUCAGAUGCCUGGAGCGACUGGCGAAGCUCUGUACCCACCGGCGGGCCCAAGAAGGCACCAGGUGGCUCAGAAACUGGGUGGAACGGCCGGUCGCAGGCGGUUCCAGACGGUCAGGAGGUUGGCGCGGAGGAGAAUGCAACGCCCUGUGAGCCGACCCUGGAUGCCUGGAGGGAGCCUCGCCCCAUGGAGGUCCCUGCUGAGCAGCCGCGUUCACGGCGUCCCCCUCGUGACAUCACGUCCAAAGUGUUCGUGACAGGCCUCAGCGGCGAUACUGGGCCGCAGACCUUGGGCGAAUACUGUCAAGGGGUCGGCGAAGUCCGGCACGUGUCUCUGUUCAUAGACUCUGAUAGCAGUGACCUUAAUGGCACCGCGAAGGUAGACUUUGACAGCGAGGAGACCGCCAAGCGGGCGAUCCGCGAACUUAGCGGGACCUUGCUCGAUGGCUGUACUAUAACGAUGCAAAGUCUAGCGGAUGUCCCCGCCUACCUUUGGCAGCGACGCGACAAUGAUGGUUGUGCUGUCUUCGUCUCCAACCUCGCCACAGAGGUGGGUCGCUUCGAGCUCAAGGCGUUUGCUGCAGAAGCCGGGGAUGUCGGCUUCGUGCGCAUUUUCACAGAUCGCCAGACUGGCCUUUCGCGUGGCUGUGGCAAGGUGGAGUUCGCUUCGCUGGAGCAAGCCCAGCAGGCAGUGCAGCAGUUGAAUGGCAAGGUCCUUUCAGGUCGCACGGUGACGGUGGAGCCAAUGGCCUCCGAGGUGUUCCGUGAGCUAGGGCGCGCAGCGGCGCCCGCCGGCGGACACUUGGUUGUUAACUCUUACCGCACUGCUUUCGUCGGUGGCCUUUCUGCGGAAAUGGACGAAGGUAUCAUCCACGCGCGUCCGAGGAAUCAUGCCAGGACUCCUCUUCGGAAUCGGGCUCUAAUCAGUAUUCUUCACGACCUUUCCGUUUUUGCCGGCUUGCUGGGCUUGCUGGCUGACGGCCCUGGUGCGUCUGAGGUGGUCUCCUCGACCUGGUCUCGGACAUUGGUGACCUUUGCUAGGGUCUUCCGAGACCGUCAGACCGGUGCCUCGAAGGGCUGUGGCAAAGUGGAAUUCGAGACAGAGGACCUCGUGGCCAAGGCGGUGAGCGAAUUGAACGGGAAGGAGAUUCACGGUCGAAGCAUCACCAUCGAGCCGUUCAGUCAGGCUCAGCACAUCGGGUGCAUAAUCGAGAAGAACCGAGGGCCUAUGAGUGCUGAGCUGCACCAAAUCGUGGAUCCGGCACACGAAGGGCGCCCUCCGCGAGAUGCGGCGCCACCUGUUGUGGAUGGGCGCCAGGUGUUUCUCUCUGGCCUUUCUUCUAGCACAGACUCGGAGACAUUGCGGAAGUUCUGCGAACUCAGCGCUGGACCCGUGGCCAACGCCCGCGUGUUCACUCACCGUGACACUGGCGAAUCUAGGGGUACCGCGAAGGUCGAGUUCGACUCUGCGGAGUUGGCGCAGUCUGCCAUCCAGGCUUUAAAUGGCCGCUUGCUGGACGGGAGCCACCUCUCAGCACGCUUGAUGGAGCGGGAUCGGCCCCCACGACAGCCUGCAGAGGGAAGCAGCCGAAUCUUCAUCACGAACCUCCCUGACGAGGUCAGCGAGGAGCAGGUGCAGGAUCUGCUUGUCCAGGCUGGCGAGGUCAUCUCCGUGCAGGUGUUCAAGACGGGUGCCGGCAAUACCGCCAGCCGCGCGACGAUGGCAUCUUCUGACCAAGCCCAACGAGCUGUGAGCAUUCUGAACGAGACCUUUUACAUCUCCAACCGCAUCAGUGUGCGAAUGGAUGCAGAGCGUCCAAAACCGCAGACCGAUGCGACGAUUUUCGUGGGUGGCUUGAGCUUCAGCACCACUACUCAAGGCCUGGAGCAGCAUUUCAGCCGGGUGGCCAAAGUCGUCCAGGCAUCCAUUUUCACAGCCAAAGACACAGGCAAGCCUCGAGGUUCGGGGAAGGUGGAAUUCCAUUCUGCGCGCGAUGCAGAACGUGCAGUGCAGGAGCUGAAUGGUUCGGAGCUCGAUGGCCGGCAGGUCCACGUGAAAAUCAUGGAGGCCCGACCGCCAGAGAGGUCCAGUCCCAUGCGCCCACCUCCAGGGCUGAGCCCCCCGGAUAGUGGCCGUCAGCUCUUCGUGUCGGGCCUCGCGCCGACCACGCAGACUGAGUUGCUGCGUGAGUUCUGCGAAGCCUGCCUUGGCGACGGGUCAGUCGUGUACUGCAACGUCUUCCAGGACCAUGACACCGGCGAGUCAAAAUGCACUGCGAAAAUCGAGUUUGCAUCUUCGGAUCUGCUGGAGCGAGCUUUUCAGGACCUGGAGGGUGCGCAGCUGGAGGGUGGCCGUUUGUCCCUCCGCCGGCCAGGCGAACCCCGACAACCUCCGGCCCCAGACGGGCGUACAAUUUUCCUGGGAGGGCUGAGCUGGGACGUCGACUCCGAGGCCCUCAAAGGCUUCGCGAGCCGGAUCGGCGAGGUCACCUAUGCCGCCGUGUUCACCAACAAAGAAACCGGGAAAUCCAAAGGUUCAGGCAAAGUGCAGUUUGCCACCGCGGAGCUUGCCAGUAAGGCAGUGGAGGAGCUAGCCGGCCAGGAUCUGAUGGGUCGCGAGGUGACUGGGAAGAGCACUUCAGCUGGAGAUGGCGCCGAGAAAGUGUACUUUUAUGGUGUGAUAAAGUCUUACGACGAGCAGAAGGGCUUCGGCUACAUCGCCUCCAGUGACUUCGCAGCGCUCUCGGGGCGAGACGUGUAUCUAACAAAAGAGGAAGCCGCAGCAGCUUCGAAAGAUCCUGUGGCAGGCCCGUCAUCUGGCUCGGAUGCCACUGUGCCCAAGGAGGGGCAGCCUGUGAAGUUCCAGGUGACGCAGAACGGCGAGGGGCACCCGCAAGCCGUCAACGUGGCGGCCGUCCGGCCCCUGAUCGGAGACGUCGCUCAGCUCCCGCGUGACGGGGAUCAAGGCGGCGUCCUGGCCACCUGCCUCGUCAUCAAGGGAGAUCCAGAGGGAUCAGAGAAAGUGCAGUCCCUUGUGGGAAAAGAGGUUCGCUUUGGCCAAGCAGACUGUGGACAGCUGAUGUUGGCAGUGGGUGAUGAGGUCCUGUUCUCCUGCAGUGUGGUGAGCGAGUCACCGCAUGUUGUGGACGCGAGGAUCUCUGAGCUUAGGUCGACCUCGCGCACGGGUCCCAUACUUUUCGGCAACUUUCACGUGGAAUUCCCCAGGAGUGGCGACUCUGUCUGCAACCUGGGUGGGCACGCUAUGCAAGACCGAAUUGUCCUGGCAGGGUUGCCGCCUGACCUGAAGGGUCCCGAGCUGAUGCGCCUCUUCGAGAAUUUCAACGCCCAGGAGCCACUCCUGGCCCGGGAGGACGCUGGGCCUCGCGGUGGUUUCGCCUCCGUAAUCUUCCAAGGAGGUCCGACUGAUGUGGCGCAGUUCCUGCUUCGCACAGCCAUUGCAAUGACAGUUGAUGGCAAGGCCCGGGCUGCUCGCCUCGGAUUUAACGCCCGCGCUCCACAGGACCUGGCACAGCUCCCACUUCUUCCUGCACAGCCUCAGCCCACGCUUGAAGCUGAAGAGGGUGGUGCGCUUAUGGUUCGAUGGCAGCAAGUUGGCAUGGCUGUGGGUUACCUUGUUGAGCUGCGCCCUUUUGGGGACGAAGCAGGAUGGUCGCCCGUGGACGUUUCGCCCGGCCACCACGUGGAUCCGCACCCCUCCCUCCCACAGGGACUGCUUGGCCCGCAGUGCAGCGCUUGCCGCGUCAACAGCCUGCGGGAGGUGCCGUAUGAAGCCAGAGUGAUGUAUUAUGCUGCAUCUGGAUGCCGGUCCUACCAUUCGAAAGUUUCGACGCCAUGCAAGCCGACGCCCUCUGCGUCCACUCGCAGAGAUGAUGGACAUUCCAGGCAGUAUCAGAGCGCAGAUGGCAUCGCGUCGACGGUCGACUGGCGUGCAGCCUCUGGCAGCAUCAUCCCGGCUCCCCCACCGCCGGAGCUCAUACCGUAUGAGGAGCCCAAUGGAGGGCGCGGCAUUCUUAUCCAGUGGCCCACCAUCAUCCAUGCAACGGCGUACGUGGUGGAUCUAUAUGAGGAGACCUCCGGAUCAAUGGAGAGCUUCAAAAGAGCUGUUCCUGACAACUUGCGGGAAGUGCUGGUGGAACUGAGAGUCGGCAACUUGCAGCCAAGUGGCAUCUACAGCGCCUCUGUGCGCUCCGUUGCGCCCUGCGGAGCUCAAUCAGUCGCCUCGGCGUACUCGAUGGCUCCAGCUCCAGCAACGCCGGCUCCGUGGUUCCCGCCCGCCAGCUAUCCGCCACCCGCUAGCUACCCGCCGCCACUACAAAGUGCCUGGGGUCCUCCACCGCUGCCCAGCAACGGCGUGCGGCCACCGGGUGUUUCGCCGCUGUUGGCCACGAAUCCUGGCCUGCCCGGGCCGUUGCCUGGCACGCCACCAGGACCUCCGCCACCGCCGGCGGAGCCUCCCAGCGUAGAGCACGAGGCCCAGCUGCCUGCUGUUUCGGCUGCCGCGGCUCAGGGCGCCCUAGCCGAGGGCACCGCUCACGAGGCUGCGGCGCUGGUGCUUGACUAG